AUGCAAAAUAUUUUCCAGCCACAUCCGUUUUCUACAACAAUUGGGACUCUGACAGAAAGAGCGACUGAUAGUGGUCAGCCAUCAGAAGAUUGGGCUUUAAUUUUGGAAAUAUGUGACACAGUGAAUGAAACAGAUGAUGGGCCUAAGGAGGCUAUAAGAGCGAUAAAGAAGCGUCUGGUCACUUCUGCAGGCAAAGACAAUGUUUCAAUAUGGUACACAUUAACACUCCUGGAAACUUUAAUAAAGAACUGUGGGAAACGAUUUCACAGUCAGGUUGCCAACAAAGAGUUUCUGCAUGCGUUUUUAAAACUUUUAUCACCUAAAAAUGACCCUCCACAACAACUACAAACGAAGGUUUUGUACAUGCUUAAGUGUUGGAUAUCAAGUAACUGGGAUGUCGCUGGUAAACGGGAUCUGGAAAAAAUAUAUGCUUCGCUUUUACAAAAAGGAGUGCAAUUCCCAACGGUUGCACCAGUUGACUGUUAUGUAGCAAAACCGUCAAGAGGCCUACGUGAUAAUUUGUUCACAUCUAAAACUGGAGUAACUAUUCCGCGAACUAGUUCACAAGAAAAUGAUAAAUUAACUGGAAGAUCUGUAGUAGUUAAAAGUUCUGGAACAGAAUCAGAUAUCCAUGUACGUAAUCAUUUAUCUGUAAAUCCAUCAAGUUCAAGUGUAGUACAUCCAUGCUCUGUUUGUCAUUGUAUACAUGAAUCAAAUAUUCAAUCAUUAGCUUGUCAUAGUGUUGGUUCAAGACCUAAUGUUCAUCCUACUGGUACUUCUGUAUCCUCAUACAGUCGUUCAACACGUAAUGUACAUUUUAAUGGUACAGUUCAAAAUAGAUCACAGAGUAGUACUAUACCAAAUGAUUGUACUGUAAUGGUUGCUAACUCAGAUCAUCAACCAUCUUGUUUAAUUUAUCCAAAACAAUCUCAAUUACAUUCUAUACCAUCAUCUAAUAAUAAAUAUCAACCAAUCAAUAUAAAUUAUUCAAUGAAUUCUAAUUCUAAUUCUAAUUCUAAUAAUAAUGAUGAAAUGGAAUUUGAUGAAGAAGGUAUUGUACGUCAUUUGAAUACAUUACAACGUAUUAAAUUAACAGAAGAUUUAUCUAUUGUUGAAACAAAUAUUCAUGUAUUCAAUGAUUUAUUAGCUGAAUUAAGACCAGAUACUGUUACAAUAGAUGAUUUAAAUUUACUUAAGGAAUUAAAUUGUACAUGUCGUAUUAUGCAUCAACGUGUUAUGGAAUUUUUAAGUCAAGUAUCCGAUGAAGAAGUAACUAAUAAUUUAAUUCAAGUUAAUGAUAAUUUAACAAAUACACUUUUACGUUACGAUCGUUUUGAACGAUAUUAUCAACGUGCAAUACAGAAUUCCGAUAAUAAUAAUUCUUCAAACAAUCAACAAACAAAUUCUGCAUUAUGUUUAACAGAUUCUAGACCACAACUAUGUUUAACUGCUUCAUCAAGUGACCAUAUUGACUCAAGACGUCAUCGAUCGAAUCAUCAUCAUCAUCAUCACCACCAACAGCAGCAACAUCAACAACAAUUAGCAAUUACAGCUGGACCAUCAUCUCUACGUCGUGCAACUGUAAAUGAGUCUACAAUGAAUGGAGUUGUUAGUAGUCGAAUGAAUAGUUUACACUAUAAUCAUACAGAGUCAGGUAACGGUAAUAGUACUGCUGUUUCAAUCACCAACAAUCAUCAUAAUACUAACGAGGAUGAAGAUGACGAUGAAAGUUUGUUGGAUAUAAGUGAAGGUCCUUGUGGUGGUUCUACAACUAGAUCUCAUGAUUCUGAUGAAACUGAUGAAAUUGCUAAAUGGUUAUCUAGUCGACAAUUGAUACCUGUAAACUCACAGCAACAAUCACAACACAGUCAUUGUCCUUUUCAACGCCAACAACAACAGUCAUUGACUACAAACAGUCGUUCACAUUCAUGUGUACGAACAAAUCAUUUAAGUGCUAUUACAAACACUGCUACUACUACCACUACUUCUGCUGGUGUUUCAUUAUAUGCAACACAGAAUCCAUCAAAUAAAUCAGUACACUCUCAUCAAUCUUUUCAUCAUGAAUUAUUGUAAUCUCAGGUAAGGAAAUGCAUCAUCAUUAUCGUGGUUUAUUGAUUUAUUUAUUUAUAUACAUAAACAUUGAUAUUUAAUUUUGUCAUAGAUAUGAAUUUGAUGAUAACAUUCUCUCGUCCGUUGUUGUUACGUUGAAGUGGUGGUUGGAAUUGCUAAUCAUGAUACUGCCUGGAACAAUCGUUCCUCAAGGUACUACCAUACCAGAUAGGUCGGUUGAAGAACGGUAAGACUGAAAGCAACAAACGCAAGGUCUGAAGACGAAGUCAUACUGCUGACUGUACAAAGGUGUGACGGCGGUAGAGUGUUUCCUUCAGACAGCCAGUACAACAGCGAUGUUGCGUUCUCAAAGGGAGGGGUGAGGUUAGAAAAGGUUGACCCUAAAAAUGUACACCUCACCUUAUCCCACGGAUAUCCGUCUGCGGCGUUAAGUUCUCAACAAGUACGGAGCUAACACGAAAAUUACUUACAAAAUGGUCGUGUGUGACUGACCUCGAGUAGUUGUUCCUCGGGCACUCGGUUUCUAUGACCACCUUUAAUCCAAUUUCACUUUCUGGUACCUCCAGAAGAAGAUAAUAUUUUGAUCGUCAAACUCUUCAUAAAUUGAUUCUUUACUAGGAGAUUCACUUGUUGACCUAGAAUAGUCAGAUGAUAUAGUUCUGUUUAAUGAAAUAUUUGACGAGUCUUAAAUGGGAUGAGACUCGCAUUCUGUAUUCCACUGAUAUCCACUAUUCUUCUUUGCUUAUAAUGCUUGUGAAUAUGCAAUAUCUAGGCAUUCUGCACAGAAUGUGCAUAUAUCAAUAAGAGACUGAUCAGUUGAAGUCCUAAAUAUCAAGUAAAUUUAAACUUCACCCUAUUACACAAGCAAAUGGCUAUCAGGACACAUUAGCUAAAUGAAUGAAAUGAUUACUUUUGUAACGAAUGGUAAUGAUUUCAAGUUCUAGAAUGAACAUCAACUCUAGAAUCCAGAUAUAUUCAGCUGACAAGUUCCAAAUAGAAUGAUUGAUUUAUUUUGUUGUUUAAAUUCAUUAAUUUUUUCUACAGAAUUAUAAUUCAAUUUCAAUAUUCUAUACAAUGGAACCCUUGUUAUUUUGCUAUUUUCAUUGAAGUUACAUAAUAAACUACAAUAUAUGUUUACAUAGAUCCUUGAAUGCAUGUUACACAAUAGAGUAAAGAACCAGAAGAAGAAGAAGAAAAAGAAAAAGAAGAAAAUCAAAGCAAUACAUUUCAUAGAGAAUAAUUCAUUGAAUAAAUCUUCUGGUUCAUAUAUAUAUAUAUUCAUGUUACUGCUUAAUGAAUUGUCUAGAUUCAUAUGGAAACAUUCACUAUAGUAAUAUUUCCUACUUUACAUUAGAACAAAU